AUGCGGCUGCAGACACAGCUUGAUUCGGCCACAGGAGUAAUGAAUAUCCCUCCAAACCAGGAGACUGCUGAGCGUGAUACUUCAGCUGCAACCAGAAACAUGCCACUGCAGGUCCGGCUGCUGCAGCGACAGUUGCGGCUCAUGAAGCGGCAACUGCACAGGGAGCGGUUGCACCAUCAGCGGCAGCUGCUUCGCCUCCGCCGGAAGCAUGCUCAUAGGGAAAGAUCUCGUCAUCAGCUGCAGCAGCGCUUGUAUAUGGAGAUGAUGCGUCAGCAUCAGCUGUGGCAGCAGCUUUGGAAGCAGCCGCUGCUACAACAGCAGCAGCAACCCCGGUUCGGGGUGCUGCAGCAGCUGCUGCAAGAGCACCAGCUGCUGCAUCAGUCCUCGCUUCAACAGGAAAUGCAGCAGCACUUGGUUGGACAGCAGGAGCAGUUGCACGCAGUGCAACGGGAGUUGCAGCAGAUCCUGUUUCAACCGCAGUACUACCGGCAACUAACACGACCGCCCGUGCAGUAUGCAGCGCCGCCGGGGGAUCGUGAACAGCAGCAGAGAGAAGAGAGUACGGCUUCAAGGGUCCGGCCGCUUCUGGUUUGA